CGCGAGGAACUGAAAAGUUCCAUCCACAUGAUUUAUAAGUCGACUGCUAUACUGUGGGGCGGCCAAGUUAUACCUCCCUACUAUCUCAGCAUCCUUCCCAGCAGUAGGAAAAAAAGGAGAAGCUAAACAAGCAAAAGUUUCCUCCGACUCACAAACAGUGGAGUCGACAUGGAUGAAAAGGAGCUGUUUGUGUGAAUAAACUACCGGAAACCUUCUCCACACGGUAGAAGAAUGAUCACAUAGCUAGCACUUUGGGUUGUUGUGUAGAAGAGGACACGAAGAAGAGCUCAGCUGGGGGAAAGUUUGGAGCUGAGCUGAGCUGGCUAUGGCGCGGGACACAGGAGACCCCGGGAUGGACAAAACUCCUAAAGUCAAACGACAAAGGAGGAAGAAAACCAAAGAGAACAAAACCAGGACCGUCCACGCAAACAUACUGUAUGACCACGCCAAAGGAGAGGAAAACCCAAACAGACACUAUGCAAACAACAAGAUUAAGACCACCAAGUACACGGUGCUGUCUUUCCUGCCAAAGAAUCUCUUCGAGCAGUUCCAUCGCUUCGCCAAUGUUUACUUUGUCUUCAUCGCUUUGCUGAAUUUUGUUCCAGUUGUCAAUGCGUUUCAGCCAGAACUUGCCCUGGCUCCUGUGGUCUUCAUUUUGUCUGUCACUGCCAUCAAAGACCUGUGGGAGGACUACAGGAGACACAGGUCGGAUAAAGAGAUCAAUCACAUGGACUGUCUGGUCUUCAGCAGAGCGGAGAGACGUUAUGUGGAGAAGUACUGGAAGGAGGUGCGGGUGGGAGAUUUCAUCAGGCUGCGAUGUAACGAGAUCCUCCCCGCUGACGUUCUGCUGCUGAGCACCAGUGACCCCGACCGCCUGUGCCACAUCGAGACCGCCACACUGGACGGAGAGACCAACCUCAAGCAGAGGCAGGUCGUCCGCAGCUUCUUCGACCUGGAUUGUGAUUUCGACCCCUUAAAGUACUCCAGCAUUAUUGAAUGUGAGAAGCCCAACAACGACCUGAACAGAUUCAGAGGCUACAUAAUCCAUCGAAGCGGCAGACGAGAUGCACUUUACAAAGAAAACCUGCUGCUGAGAGGCUGCACCAUCCGCAACACAGAGGAGGCUGUGGGGAUCGUCAUAUACGCAGGUCAUGAGACCAAAGCCAUGCUGAACAACAACGGGCCGCGCUACAAACGUAGUAAACUGGAGAGACAGAUGAAUGUAGAUGUGUUCUGGUGCGUCAUCAUCCUGCUGGUCAUGUGCCUGUUUGCUGCAGUUGGUCACGGGCUGUGGAUGUUUCAGUACGGAGAUAAGAGGCCUGUGUUUGACGUCCUCAGUCCAGAGGGGACAGACUUAUCACCCAUCAUGUCGGCUAUUUAUCUCUUCCUCACCAUGAUCAUCGUCUUUCAGGUGCUGAUCCCCAUCUCCCUCUUCGUAUCGAUUGAGAUCGUGAAGAUCUGCCAGGUGUACUUCAUCCAUCAGGACAUGGAGCUGUACGACGAGGAGACCGACUCUCACCUGCAGUGCAGAGCUCUUAAUAUCACCGAGGAUCUGGGACAGAUGCAAUACAUCUUCUCUGACAAGACGGGCACGCUGACGGAGAACAAGAUGGUGUUCCGCCGCUGCACUGUGGCAGGGGUGGAGUACUCCCAUGAUGCAAAUGCUCGGAGACUGGCGAUGUACCAGGAGAUGGACUCAGAGGAGGAGGAGUGCACGUCUCACGGUGGCACCCUGCCCAGGCGGGACAGCGUGGCGAGUCACCAGAGCGCCAAAGUGGUGCUGCGCUCUCAAAGCACAAAGUCACACCGCAGAACGGGCAGCAGGGCGGAGGCCAAGCGAGCCAGCAUCCUGUCCAAGCACACGGCCUUCAGCAGCCCCAUGGAGAAAGAUAUCACCCCCGACCCUCAGCUCCUGGACAAAGUCAAUGAAUGCAGCAGUCAGAUGGAAUUCAUGCGCUUCCACAGCCAGCCCGCGUCCCAUCUGCCCUCCGACCUCGCUGACAUCAUUGAUUUCUUUAUCGCUCUCACCAUCUGCAACACCGUGGUCGUGUCCUCUCCUAACCAGCCCAGACAGAAGGUCCGGAUGAGGUUUGAGCUGAAGUCCCCCGUCAAGACGAUCGAGGACUUCAUCAAACGCUUCACCCCGAGCCGACUGACCUCCGGCUCCAACAGCAGCAGCUCCUCCAGCCUCAUCACCAACCGCUCCUCCAACAAAGGCUGCGCCAGCAUGCUGUCCUCCCCGUCUGCAGAGAGCACGCUCACUAAACUGGACGAGGAGAAGCAUUCUGGUAGCUUGCAGCACGCCUUCAGCCCCAUGCCGCCCUGCUACGACGGGAAGGCGUGGAACGUGGAGGAAGGCGAGCUGCGGUAUGAGGCCGAGUCCCCCGACGAGGCCGCUCUGGUUUACGCUGCCAGGGCCUACAAGUGCUCCCUCGUGGGGCGCCUCCCCGACCAGGUGACCGUGGAGCUGCCUCACCUCGGGAAGCUGAGUUUUGAGCUGCUGCACACGCUUGGCUUCGACUCCACCAGGAAACGCAUGUCAGUGGUGGUUCGACACCCUCUGACGGAUCAGAUCACUGUGUACACCAAAGGAGCCGACUCUGUUAUCAUGGACCUCAUUAAACCUCCAGACACAGGAAACUCCAAAGGGAAGCGCCAGAAGAAGAUUGUCAGCCGGACCCAGAACUACCUGAACCUGUACGCUGCAGACGGCCUUCGGACUCUGUGCAUCGCUAAAAAGAUUAUGAGCAAGGAGCAGUAUGCGUGCUGGCUGCAGCGCCACCUGGAGGCAGAGACGGCCAUCCAAGGGAGAGAGGAGCUGCUGUUUGAUUCUGCUCUGCGUCUGGAGACAAACCUCCAUCUUCUGGGAGCGACGGGCAUCGAGGACCGGCUGCAGGACGGCGUGCCUGAGACCAUCGCUUCUCUGCGACAGGCCGGCCUGCAGAUAUGGGUGCUGACGGGGGACAAACAGGAAACGGCGGUGAACAUCGCGUACGCCUGCAAGCUGCUGGACCCUGAGGAGGAGAUCCUGACGCUGAAUGCUGAUUCUCAGGAGGCGUGUGCGCUGCUGCUGGAGGAGAGUUUACACUACAUCCAGGCCAAAUUCCUCUGCAGCUCUUCAGAUCAAUCCACCAAGGCUUUCCACAACAACUUUGUACCCUUUGACAUCUACUCUUCUUCAUCUCCGUCCUCCUCCUCAUCCUCCCACACCGCUCCCUUCACGGUGCACAGGCUGGGCCUGGUGAUCGACGGGCGGACCCUGGCCUACGCUCUGGAUAAGAGCUUGGAGGAUAAGUUUCUGGCGGUGGCUCGGAGCUGUCGUUCUGUUCUCUGCUGUCGCUCUACGCCAUUGCAGAAGAGCAUGGUGGUCAAACUGGUGCGGAACAAGCUGAAGGUCAUGACCUUAGCUAUCGGUGAUGGAGCCAAUGACGUCAGCAUGAUCCAGGUAGCAGAUGUUGGUGUGGGCAUUUCAGGACAGGAGGGCAUGCAGGCAGUGAUGGCGAGCGACUUUGCUCUGCCUCGUUUCCGGUAUCUCCAGAAGCUCCUGCUGGUCCACGGACACUGGUGCUACUCCCGACUGGCUAACAUGAUCCUCUACUUCUUCUACAAGAAUGCUAUGUUUGUAGCGCUCAUCUUCUGGUAUCAGUUCUACUGUGGAUUCUCAGGUUCAGCCAUGAUUGAUCAGUGGUAUCUUAUCUUCUUCAACCUGAUGUUUUCGGCCUUCCCACAACUCGUCACCGGCACUCUGGACAAAGACGUGUCAGCAGAGACUCUGCAACAACUACCUCAGCUCUACGUGAACGGGCAGAACUCAGAGGAAUAUAAGCCAUAUAUGUUCUGGAUGAACAUGAUUGAUGCCUUCUACCAAAGUCUGAUCUGCUUCUUCAUCCCGUACUUUGCCUACGCUGACUCCGACGUGGAUUUGUUUACAUGGGGAACUCCCAUCACCACCCUGGCUUUGUUCACCAUUCUUGUGCACUUAGGCAUUGAGACCAAGACUUGGACCUGGAUGAACUGGCUGUGUAUCAGCUUCAGUAUAGCUUUAUUCUUCACGGUGGCUCUGUGCUACAACGCCUCCUGUCCCACCUGCUACACCCCCUCUAACCCAUACUGGACCAUGCAGAGGCUGCUGAAGGACCCCCUCUUCUACCUGCUCUGCAUCAUCACGCCAAUCGCUGCACUGCUGCCCAGAUAUUUCUACAGGGCGUGUCAAGGCACGCUGUUUCCCAGCCCGGUUCAAGUUGGAAGACAGUUGGAUAAACUCCCCGCAGAAACCCGCAGGAACAUCCUCAGUCUCAGCAGGGUCAAGGUGGGGUCACCGCUCAGCCCCAAGCCUCUCUUCCUGUCCCUCGGCACGCCUUCGACGACAGACUGCAGUAAAAAAGACCAAAGGGGCUUCCCCAGCUCCAAGACAACACAGGGGCCUGUUUUACAAACAGAGCAACAGGGCCAGAGGAGGGGGCCCACAGACAGUGAGAGGGGCCUCUCAGACCUCUACACGUUAGUCCCUACAGAAAUAGACACUCUUCCUUACACCAAAGACGCUCCUCAGCUCUCAGAGGAGCCGCAGCCUCCUCCAACCAAAGACUCCGAGUGUUUAGAGAAUAGUUUAGAGGCUUCAGAUCUGAGUCUGUCCAGCUGGAUCACCUCCACACCUCUGCUCCCACAAACUGACAGCAUCCACCUGAACCUGCCCCCCGACGGAGGCUCCCACUGUGUCAGAUACACGAGGGAUUUAGAGGAAAAACUCAAGUCUGCAGCGCAGAGGAGCGAGCAGGAGACGGAACAGGAGAAGGAACAGUCACUUCACAUCUCCUUGUGAUGUCUUACAGUCUUAAGUAUUUUACUCCAAUUUGCACGAUAGUUUUUUAAAAUCUAAUUUUAUGGUAUUUUACAAGAAGAUUCUUUUAUAAAUAAAGAAAAAGGUACUUUAUAUUUUGGAUGUUUAGAGCUAAAGAUGUUUUUCAGAGUUGGGAGAUGGAAGAACUGGAAUAUCUCCUGGGUUUUUUUCUCUGGGGAUUUUUUUUAUUUCAUAAAAAUACAUCUCAGUUCUUCAUCAGGCUUUAACAGAAGGAGGAGCAGAGUCACCUUCAAGUCCCACAGGAAGCAUGUGCGUCGUGUUCUGUCAACGCUGCACGCGCUGGAGCUGAUCCGUGUCCGUUUUAGUUAAUGCUCAUGUUUCCACGAGGAGCACCGUGCCGAAGCUUGGAGUGUGUCCAUGCUCCGCUCCACUAAAGACAGUUGAUAUCUCAGGUCCACCUGGACAGGAAGUCAGGCUAACGGCAGAAUCCCCUAAAUUUCAGAAUAAAACAUCAUGUACGGCCUUCGACAGUAUAGAUAAGAAGUAGCCAACUUAUUGAUGAUAGAUAUAUUAUUAACAACUACAAAACAGACACAUAUCAGUGAUUUAGGUCUACAACAACAUGACCUUUAUCAUGUAAGAACCUAUUUAUUAAUAUUGAACACAACUAAACCUGCAAAAUGCUAAACUUUUUAUGUAGCAUACCUACCCAUGCAAGAGACACAAGAGUCCUGGAAUAAUGUCCAAAUUAGCUUUUGUCGCAGGGUGCGUCGUUGGACGGAGCGGCACUGUGGCGCUUACAGAAUGCAGCGCACACACUUCCUGUUGAUUUCAGGCUGAAGAGAUUCCACUGCUGGUUUAUUUACUCUGUUCGUUCCUUCAGCUCCGCCUGUGAACUCCUGAAGACCUGAGUCUGAUGCCGCUGUGGCCUUGAAUCAGUGCUGGUAUUCCAGAAAGAUUUUUUAUGUUUCAGUGCAGAUUCUCAAAGAGUUUUAUCUUUACAGAAAUCUGAAAGUCGGGGCAUUUUGUUGGUGCACGUUUAAGUGCAAGCCUUAUUUCUACAAAGUUAAAGAGCAUGUUUUCUCUGUCUCAGUUCAUUCCACUGAAUACUUUAAUUAUGCAUUCCAAGAUUUAACAAGGUAACAUUAUAGAAGUUUGAAUACAGGAAGCGAUGCUGCAGGUGUGUAACAUUGUGUUUGUGUCUGUUUCACAGACUCUUUGCUCUACAGAGAUUUUAGUUUCACAUUUAAAGAUCAGUUUUUGUAAA